AUGUCGUCCGCCGGGAGCUUCGCGCCGGGGCCCGGCGCGGCCCGCGGCUUGCACAAGGCCCAGGUGCCUCGCGCCGAUGCGAUCGUCCCUCGCCCGCCACAUUCGAAGAGGGAUCCCCACCUGCCCGAUCUGAGGACGAGCGCCGGGGGCGGCGACGCCCUGGCGAUGCCAACCAUGGCGGGCCCCCCGCUCGACGCCAAGGUCGUCUCAGAUCCCUACCCCCCCAUACCGGCCUCAACUUCGGCCAGCCGAGCUGCAGCUGACAAGAUUGGCGUCUUGCUGCUCAACCUGGGGGGACCGGAGAGCCUGGACGACGUCCAGCCCUUUUUGUACAACCUCUUCGCGGACCCAGACAUCAUCCGCCUCCCCCCCAGCCUGGCCUUCCUGCAGCCGGCCAUAGCAGGCGCGAUCUCCACGCUGCGGGCGCCGCAGUCCUGCAAGGGCUACAGCGCCAUCGGCGGCAAGUCGCCGCUGAGGGAGAUCACGGAGAGGCAGGCGGACGUGCUGGAGCGGGCGAUCGAGGGGAAGGGGCAGGCCUGCAAGGUGUACGUUGCGAUGCGGUACUGGCACCCCUACACCGAGGAGGCGAUGGAGCAGAUCAAGCGCGACGGCAUCAGCCGGCUGGUGGUCCUCCCCCUUUACCCUCAGUUCUCGAUCUCGACCAGCGGCUCCUCCCUGCGCCUGCUGCAGCGGCUCUUCGAGGGCGACCGCUUCCUGGCGGGCCUGCGCCACACGGUCAUACCCUCUUGGUACCAGCGGCCGGGGUACGUGAACGCCAUGGCGGACCUGGUUUGGCAGGAGAUGGCAAAGUUCGACAGCCCGGAGGGCGUGGAGGUGUUCUUCUCGGCGCACGGCGUGCCGAAGAGCUACGUGGAGCUGGCGGGGGACCCGUACAAGGAGGAGAUGGAGGAAUGCGUGGGGCUGAUAAUGGCGGAGCUGCGACGGAGGGGGGUAGACAACCACCACACUCUUGCGUACCAGAGCAGGGUGGGCCCGGUGGAGUGGCUGAGGCCCUACACCGAUCAGUCCAUCAGGAAGCUGGCUGCGGAAGGGGUGAAAAAGAUGUUGGUUGUGCCCAUCAGUUUUGUGAGUGAGCACAUCGAGACACUCGAGGAGAUCGACAUGGAGUACAGGGAGUUAGCGGAGUCACAAGGAGUAACCGACUGGAGGCGGGUCCCUGCUCUGAACACAAACCCGGCCUUUAUUGAUGACCUUGCCGAUGCUGUCCUUGAGGCACUCCCAUUCGUUGGCUCGCUUGUGGGCGCAAGCAACUCCAUCGUCCCCAUCGGUGGUAUCGACACACUGCUGGAAUCUUACGAUCGGGAGAGGGAGAGCCUGCCACCCCCCACUAACCUUAUGUGGAAGUGGGGAUUCACACAGAGCGCCGAGCUCUGGAACGGCCGCCUUGCCAUGGUGGCACUCGCCAUGAUCCUCGUUAUGGAGACUUCCUCAGGACAGGUUGUGACAUGGAAGCUUUGGGGCCGGUUGAAAGGGUGGGAGGAUAUCGUCUGCAGCCGCAAGAUAUGCCUAGUAUCGAGAUUGUUCGAUUUGGCACUUGCGGCCUUGAGGGAUGUGGCUGACACAGAGGGUGCAAGUGUGCAGUUGGGAUUCAUGGAGACAGCAGGGGACUGGCUGGUGGUGCUGGCCGUCUCAGCACCACGAGCCGCUCUAAGGGGCUCCCAACCUGUGCCGAUAUUGCUGCUCACACCUGGGCGCUUUGUCUGCGAAGGCCAUCCGACGCCUGUGCCCAAGUAUCCCCUUGCCACUCCCGCGAUGUCGAAGGCGAUGGGCAUGUCGCCCGUUCUGCGGCCCACGAAGCUUCUGAAUCAGAUUUUGCCAAAUUGCCCAGUUGACAGCAGACGACUAAGAAGAUCCAGGACACUGUGCUCAACUGCUGCAAAAUCUGCUGGACAUGAGCCUGAGCCCCCACGUGACCAUCAACGACCAGCCUCCCAGCAAGGAGAAGAAGAUCCCAUCAGGACCUUUGUCAUAAAAAAUCGGGAGGCCCCCCGCUUGACAUUUGCUGAGGCAGCGAGGACGUUGGUCGACGGCUCAGUGACUGGUGUCCUUGCCACACAUUCAUCCAAAGGCUCAGAUGAAGGCUUUCCAUUAUCCAGCGUGGUGGAGUACGUGGCUGACUCAAAGGGCCGGCCCAUAUUUGGCAUCAGCAUGCUUGCAAAGCACACGGCCAGCCUGUACAGAGAUGGAAGAUGCAGCCUACUUGUUCCCGAAAACAAAAGCAUAGCACUGUCAGACUCCCGUGCUCUCCUGAUAGGAACGGUAAGGGCGUACGACAAGGAAGAUGCUGGCGAUCUGCGGGAGGCCUACCUGGCGAAGAUGCCCCAGGCCUUCUGGGUAGACUUUGGCGAUUUCCGCUGGUUCCGAAUGGAUGACAUUGUCAAAGCGACCUAUGCCGAGGACGUUCGGAGAAAUGCAAGAACGGGGAAGGCAACUGCAGAGGAGUAUCUGGCGGCCUCUCCGGACCCAGUUGCACAAUAUCGCGAUAGCAUCUGUUCGGACUUGAAUAAGAGCGCCACCGGUGGCCCCGUCAGUGCCAUCAUCGCGAAGGAGACCACAGGCCUGGACGUCACAAACGCGGAGGCGUACCGCGUGGACAGCCUUGGCUUUGACGCGAUGUGCACCUUCAGCGGCAGAGGCCCAGUGAACAUUCGGCUGCCGUUUCCAAGACGUGCGACGACUCGCGAAGACGUUGAGCAGAUGGUGGAGGAAAUGAUGGGCGACGCGGCAGUCCAGACGGUGUGA